UACCCGUUAUCUCCACCAAUCAUUUUCCGCCAGGCUUCUUCCGCUGUGGACAGAAUUGUGCCACUUGUCCAUUCCUUACUAACGGCCUCACAACAGUCACAAGUUAUACCUUUUACGCUACAGGUGAAGCACGUUCCAUCACUUCACACAUUACUUGUAACACUAAAAAUGUGAUCUACAUGGUUCAAUGUAACCGUUGUAAUUUACAAUAUAUAGGUGAAACUAAGCGACGUCUCAAGGACAGAUUUAACGAACACAGACGUGCAGUCGACAAAACUAACAUUAAAUCUAAACCCACAACUGUUUCUGAACACUUUCUCUCUCACUCUAACCAUUCUCAUACUGACAUGCAGUUAAUCCCACUAGAAACAAUUCAUUCUUCACUUGACUCAGUUCGUAAGAUCAGGGAGUCACAUUUGAUAGAUAAGGCCAUGACUCUUGAACCUCAUGGCCUGAACCGCCGUGACGAAUUAUUGUAAUCCAAAUCCUUAGUAUUUUUUCCUUUCCAGUUUAUUGCGACAUUCUCCAUCUAUAUAAUAUUGUGAUUCCUACAUAAGUUCAGUAACAUCUGUAAACCUGAAGAAGGCUGGUAUGGCAAGCCGAAAUAUUGUUAUAAAAAACAACACACUUUUUUUUUAAAAUCAGCUUUGCAGUAGUCUUUGGACUUCUCGUUCUUGGUACUCUAUCACAAAUUCAAGAACCAUUUUAAAGCGAAAAUUUGUUUGAAAAUUAGUUUCAGCUGCUGUAAUGCAUCGUGAAAGUAAAAUCUCGGUAGGAUCGAUAGUUUUUAGUUUGAAUUUUAGUGACGUCAUGUGAAAACCAACAAUAGGUAAUAGCAUGAUUUGUAGUGAUAUUUCGAAAUUGUUGUACGUAAUUUCGCAGCCGUUGGGCGAGUGAAAUUUGAGACAAUUUUAAAAUAUUACGAGUGGUAUUCAUGCCAAAUAUCCUCGUACAAAUCAUGCUAUUAUUUGUUUAUACUACUACCCGCAAAGGUUUUGUAAUUUUCACAUGUAGGUAUUUCAAAUGAAGCUGAAAUACCACUGCUCUAAGCCAAUCAAAUUGCAGAAAUUUCUCAUGUAGUCGUAGUAGUAUAAUGGUCUGAAAUAGGGAAAGGGUUUCAGGAAGCGUGCCGCACGCCCCAAUCAAUUUUUCUGGAAGUACCCCCCAGGCUUUUCGUCGUAUUUUCUACACAAAUGGGGGAAGGGGGGGUGGGGAGGGGGGAGUCAAUGUGCCAGGCGUUCCUUGCGGAGACCGUGGAAACUGGGACUACGAAUCGUUGCGUGAUCGAAGCCACGCAUGUUUUGCGAAGAAAGCUGGGAAAGAUUAAAUUUAGAGCUUUUCCGAAACGUGUCGGUUUACGAAUUCUAUCGCUGGAAAGCUCUGAUUACUUUGGAACAAGUGAACACUACUGAGCGGUCGAACAGAAAUUAAAUCACUUUUUUGAUCUGCCAAUGAUGUAAUUUCUCUGUAAUCGAGGCCCUUGAAUUUUCGUGUAUUUAUACACGCGUAUAACCUGCGACCGCUGACGUAUUUCCGGUCGUCGCUAACACGCGUGCUAAAUCAACUCAGAAACAAGUAAAAAGUAUCGACGUCGAUAAAGUAGGAAGUAAAAAACCUUUAGCGAGUAAAUCCUGUUUCACCUCCUCAUUUCUCGAUCUUAUCUCCAAGCGAGACUGAAUCCGCUGUAAGCGCGUUCUUGUUACGCGGGAUGACGUAGUCAGCCAGCGUUAAAAAUUCGGGUGCGCAUUCCUUUCGUCGUCUUGGGAGUCAAAAAUUUCCUUGUUUUUUUAACUUUCCCGUAUCUCGAGCCCGUCCCGACAAAAUUGUGUGAUUUUUAUUGGCUGCAACUUCGAAUCACGUGCAAGUCAGGUUGGAUUCAUCCUCGGAGACCCAGGGGCAGUCAGUCGGGUCGGGAGGAAAGGCGAGACGAAAGUUUUCAAGUACGAGCAAAAGAGCCCCUGGGUACCGACUCUCACCGAACUAUUUCCAAAAAUUCAAGCGGAUGCCGCCUCCUGAUUGGACACAAAAAAUGCUUUGUGUUGUUGUGCCCAAUGGGCGAACAGUUUCUCCUGAGUUCUUUCCGUGAGUUCGGAAAACUUGAAAACUUUCGUCCUGCCUUUUCUCCCGACCCGACUGACUGCCCCUGGGUCUCCGAGGAUGGGUUGUAUUGCGCAAGCAGAAAAAAGAUACUGCGUCAGCAAAGAAGGGAAAAGUAAGAUUACAGCGUAGCUCUAGGAGGACGAUACGGUGGCCCAUAGAGGACACGGUACCUACAUUUUUAUAUUGCGCGAUAAAAAAACAGUUUAUCGCGCCAUAAAUUGAGAAUUAUCGCGCGAUAUAAAUUCUCAAUUUAUCGCGCGAUAAAUAGAGAAUAAUACAUGGUCGCGCGGAGAUAUGGAAUUUAUCUUCGAGUGUUCACAUCGAUAUCUCACUCGUUCGCUGCGCUCACUCGUUCGAUAUCGAAUGUGAACACGAGAAGAUAAAUUCCAUAUCUCCAAGC